AUGAGCUCUCCAAGCUCCCCAGGCUCCCCCAGCACCUGCACCUCCCCCUGCACUCCCAGAAGGCUGUAUGACCAAUUCUCUCGCUCGGAGAAACUUGAUGAGAAGCCCCCUCUAAAACCAAAUGACCACACCUACACCCCGUAUAAGCGGAAUGACACCAACCUAUCAUGCACCAGCACAUGCAUGUCUGAGGCCCAGGGCAUUACGAAUGCGUCGCCUGGGUCUCCAGCUUCGCCAGGCUCUCCAGGCCCGCCAGGCUCUCCAAGCUCCCCAGGCUCCCCCAGCACCUGCACCUCCCCCUGCACUCCCAGUGAAGCCAACAAAGAACAGAUGUUGAGAAAACUGAAGGAAUUCCAGCUUAGAAUUGAAGAAGUCAGUCAGCUGAGGAUUCUGCUUCAUGGACCUAUUGGAGCAGGAAAGUCCAGCUUUAUCAACUCUGUCAACACCGUCCUUCAAGGCCACAUCACAAUAGCUGCUUUGGCGGAUUCUGCUGCUGGAAAAAGCUUCACUAUCAAGUUCAAAACCCACAGGCUGAAGAAAGGUGGACCUGGAGCUUACUAUCCAUUUGUCUUCUCUGACAUCAUGGGUCUUGAACCAGGGACUUCAGAGGGGGUCCACACAAAUGAUAUUAUCAACAUAUUAGAGGGCCAUGUGAGAAAUGGUUACACAUUCAAUCCUGUUAGUCCACUUGACAAAAGGGACAAAUACUACUACAGCAACCCCGGCCUGAAGGACAAAGUUCACUGUCUGGUGAGCGUCCUACCAGCAGACAAAAUCUCCAUCAUCUCUGAUGAAGUGAUCGUGAAGAUGAAAACUGUUCGGGAAAGAGCUCGUAACUUGGACAUACCCCAAGUGGUCAUAAUGCCCAUGGUGGAUACAGCAUGUCCACUAGUCCAUGAGGACCUGAAAAAGAUCUACACCAGCAAGAAAAUCAAGGAGAAGAUGCAGGAGUGCAGUAACAGACUGGGGGUCCCAAUGAACUGCAUCUUCCCUGUGAAGAACUACAAUGAGGAAGUUACAAAUGACCUGCAUCUGGAUAUUUUGAUUCUGAUGGCUUUGACAAAUAUCAUUAUGUUUGCCAAUGACUAUGUAGAGGAGCAGAUUUUUGCAGACAAUGAAUAAGGAUAACACAUUUGUGCAAUGGUGUGAUGACAGUAGUUUCAGCAAUGGGCAUGUACAGAGAUGUCAGAAAGCACCAGCAGACACCUUUUCACAUGUAGUCUCACU